AAUGAAAAUAAUGCGGAAGAUUAUUUUAAUAAUUUAAAAUUUGAUCUUCAAUAUACAGAAGAAUUAAAUACACAAAUUACAACCUUAGAUCCAAAAAACUCAGUAGAAGAACUAAAAAAUAUAUUUUAUGAUUUAAAUGAAAAUCGUAGAAAAAAAUUUCAUUAUCUAAUAGAAGCUUUAGAAAAUGUAACCAUAAUAUUGGCAUAUCAAAAUGAAAUACCAGAAAAAAAAAGAAUGGCAGCAUGGUGUAAAAUUAAAUGUGAUCUUCAAUGUGAUUUGAUGAAAGAAAAUCCAAAUAUAGAUUCUAACUUCGAGGCAUUUAUUACGAAAAUACAAUCCAUUGAUGAAUUUAUAUCCUAUUUAAAAGAAUGCAUACAUUCAUGGAAUAAAUUCACUAAUGAAAAGAAAACACAAUACUUUCCAAAAGUAUAUGAAACAUUCCAAUCUGAUCAAAUAUCCAAAGAAGAUAAGCUCAACAAGUUAAAUAACAAAACAGAAUGUAACCCUAAACAAAGUAUGAAAACAGAAUGCACUGCCAAAGAAUAUAAGAAAACGGAAUGCACCCCCAAAGAAUGUAUGAAAACAGAAUGCAACUCAAAUAAAAACGAUAAAAAAGUAAAUAGUACUCAAAAAAAUAACAAAAAUAAAACUAAACAAAAACGUUGCAAUAAAAAAUAA